AGAGCAGGAAUCUGGGACCCAGGAGUGCCAGCCUCACCCACGUUGAUCCUGGUCAUGAGAGCCCCGCACCUCCACCUCUCCGCCGCCUCUGGCGCCCGGGCUCUGGCGAAGCUGCUGCCGCUGCUGAUGGCGCAACUCUGGGCCGCAGAGGCGGUGCUGCUCCCCCAAAACGACACGCGCUUGGACCCCGAAGCCUCUGGCGCCCCGUGCGCGCGCGGCUCGCAGCCCUGGCAGGUCUCGCUCUUCAACGGCCUCUCGUUCCACUGCGCGGGUGUCCUGGUGGAUCAGAGUUGGGUGCUGACGGCCGCGCACUGCGGAAACAAGCCACUGUGGGCUCGAGUCGGGGAUGACCACCUGCUGCUUCUUCAGGGCGAACAGCUCCGCCGGACCACUCUCUCUGUUGUCCAUCCCAAGUACCACCAGGGCUCAGGCCCCAUCCUGCCAAGGCGAACGGAUGAGCACGACCUCAUGUUGCUGAAGCUGGCCAGGCCAGUAGUGCCAGGGCCCCGUGUCCGGGCCCUGCAGCUUCCCUACCGCUGUGCCCAGCCUGGAGAUCAGUGCCAGGUCGCUGGCUGGGGUACCACGGCUGCCCGGAGAGUGAAGUACAACAAGGGCCUGACCUGCUCCAAUGUCGCUAUCCUGAGCCCUAAAGAGUGUGAGGUCUUCUACCCCGGCGUGGUCACCAACAACAUGAUAUGUGCUGGACUGGACCGGGGCCAGGACCCUUGCCAGAGUGACUCGGGAGGCCCCCUGGUCUGUGACGAGACCCUCCAAGGCAUCCUCUCGUGGGGUGUUUACCCCUGCGGCUCUGCCCAGCAUCCAGCUGUCUACACCCAGAUCUGCAAAUACAUGUCCUGGAUCAAUAAAGUCAUACGCUCCAGCUGAUCCAGAUGCUACGCUCCAGCUGAUCCAGAUGUUAUGCUCCAACUGAUCCAGAUGCCCAGAGGCUCCGUCAUCCAUCCUCUUCCUCCCCAGUCGGCUGAACUCUCCCCUUGUCUGCACUGUUCAAACCUCUGCCACCCUCCACACCUCUAAACAUCUCCCCUCUCACCUCAUUCCCCUGCCCAUCCCCAUUCUCUGCCUGUACUGAAGCUGAAAUGCAGAAAGUGGUGGCAAAGGUUUAUUCCAGAGAAGCGAGGAAACUGGUCAUCACCCAGUCUCUGAGAGCAGUUAUUGGGGUCACCCAACCUGACUUCCUCUGCCACUCCCCGCUGUGUGACUUUGGGCAAGCCAAGGGCCCUCUCUGAACCUCGGUUUCCUCAUCUGCAAAAUGGGAAAAAUGACAUGCCUACCUCUUAGACAUGUUGUGAGGAGACUAUGAUAUAACAUGUGUAUGUAAAUCUUCAUGGGGAUUGUCAUGUAAGGCUUAACACAGUGGGUGGUGAGCUCUGACUAAAGUUUACCGAUUGUCAUGAUCUGACCACGUCCCAGUGAGAGCGUGUGUCCAGGGAAGAAGUGCACGGGGUAGCCCCCUAUCCCGACCUUCCAUCCCCAUCCCUUAGCGAUGAUGGAAGAAUCAUUUUCCCCACCCUAGUUCCAAGUCCCAGGAACCACCUUUUAACCACUUCCUUCUCAUCUCCCACUGUUUCCCACUUCUGGUUCCACCCAACACCAGUUCCUCCUGUCUUGGCAGGAGCUAGGCUAGUCCUGAGUCAUAUAGCACCUUCUCUGCCUUCAUGGGGCCACUGGAACUCAAGAGACCUCACCUUGCUUCCAUCCCAACCUCUAAGACCAGAGGUCCGAGGGGGUAGUGAAGAUUGGGGAACUCUUGACACCUCAACUGCCCAGUUUGUGCCAAGAAACCUGCCUCUGACAUUUAGGGGAAAAUCUUUGGUUUGUCUGUUAUUAAUUGGCUGUGAGAUUUUUGUCCUGAAAACUUGGGAGGAGAAAUUGUUUGACUCUCCCUGAAAUUGGCGGAGGGGAGGGGAGUUAAUACACAGAAUCCAGGUAAAGCUAAUAGAAGUUUGAGUGUCCACUGGGUGUGGUGGCUCACGCCUGUAAUCCUAGCACUUUGGGAGGCCAAAGAAAGCAGAUCAUCUGAGGUCAGGAGUUCGAGACCAGCCUGGCCAAAAUGGUGAAAUCCCAUCUCUACUGAAAAUACAAAAACUAGCCAGGCGUGGUGGCAGGCGCCUACAAUCCCACCUACUUGGGAGGCUGAGGCAGAAGAAUCACUUGAACCCGGGGGGCAGAGGUUGCAGUGAGCUGAGAUUGCACCAUUGCACUCCAGCCUGGACGAAAGAGCGAAACUCCAUCUCAAAAAAAGAAGUUUGAGUGUCUCAGCUUAUCCUGAACUUCGAAGCAGUAACAUAAGCUAGCUGAAUAUAGGCACAACAGAAAUUUCCCAGCACGGGGUUUUUUUGUUUGCUUGUUUGUUUGUCCUUUCGGUUAUCAAUUUAUGGAGCAUCUAUUAUGUGCCAGGCCCAGUGCUGGGUGCUGGGGACAUACGUAGGGGUGAUCACAAGGUCCCUCCCCCCGCAAAGCCCACAGGAGGUUGAUGUACAAGAUCUGAGCACAGAGUCUGGUACACAGCUCCCUUCCGUGGCCUCUUUCCUAUUCUGCCCCCAUUAGCACACCCAGGAAAUGUCAGUCAGGCAUAUCAGCUGGGUUUGUCAUCCAAAGAUCAGAAGCGAGGUCAGUGGAAACUUGAAAAUUCGAUUCAUUUUUAAAGGCAACUCACUCGUCCCUUUAGUCACUCCACAAUGUUUAUCGAGCCACAUCUUAUGCCAGGCCUCAAAGAUGAAUCAGACCAGGCACUACCCUCAAGGAGCUGCUAGUUAGGUCGGGGAGACAGGCCAGGCUUACAUUCCUGUCAUUCAGGUCUCCACUCAAAAGUCACCUCCUCCGGGAGGCCUUCCUGAAUUGCCCAGGCUAUAGGAGUCCACUUUUGGUUAUCCAGUCCCGAUGCUCUGUUUAUUUUUUUUAAUAGCACCUAUUAUACCUGAAAUUAUCUCA